UGCAGAUCAGGGUCACCAGCAGUACUAUUCCUACUAUAAACUAGCUGAGCGAGGUGGUUCGUGUUCAAUAGUAUUGUGUGCAGUAUAGUAUAGAGUGGCAGUAGUGAAAUCUGUAAUGUGCUAAUUAUGCGGUAAAGUAAAACUGCUUUCUGCAGUGAAAUCGUCGAGCAAGCAAACGAAAGGACUUAGCCAAUGUAAGCUGGAGUGCUGCGUAUCAACAGGUGUUUAAUUGGUGCUUUUUAAAUAAUAACACUGAUCAACGCCACCAUGACAGACCGAAACACGUCGAGUAAAUCCUUCAAACAGAGAAAGAGUUUUGCUUCAAGAAAAGAUGAAGUGGCUGGUAUAAGAGCGAAAUUCCCCAACAAAAUCCCAGUCAUUGUGGAAAGAUACUACAAAGAGACCAACUUACCUCUUCUAGACAAGACCAAAUUUCUGGUACCCCAGGAAUUGACAAUGAGCCAGUUUGUAACAAUAAUCAGAAAUCGUAUGCAGCUGAGCGCCACGCAGGCCUUCUAUCUCAUCGUCAACAAUAAGAGCCUGGCCAGUAUGUCAAUCACGUUAUCAGAGGUCUACCGGGAUGAAAAGGACGAAGACGGCUUCUUGUAUAUGGUCUACGCCUCACAAGAGAUGUUUGGUUGAUGGCGAGAUCAUCGCCCGUUUAGACCAGGAAGUGAGAAGGGGAUGAAACUCCAAGACAAAGAUGUAUAUUUUUUUGCAGAUUAUUCGGAAGGAAACUUGUAAAUAAUAUAACAUUAAAGCAGAGGUUGGGAGAGCUAAUGGUUUAGAGCGAUGUAGACUAACAAACAUCUCUGAUGAACUUUCAAAGUAAGAGUAAUUUUUUUCUUUGCGUAACAGAAAACAACUUUUUGGUCACUGUGUGUGACCUGUCAUCUCAUUAUAAGAGUUACCAUGCGAAACCAUUUUUACAGAAUACAGAAUGACUUGGAAUUUUCUUUUUAUUAUAACCACACAGUGUUCAUACGUGUAUGUAUUUAGAAUUGAUUGAAAGGUAUGGAACUUUCACAACUCCCUCAUAAGUAUCAACAUGCUUUUAUUAUAUUUUUUUCAAGUAGCAAAAUUGCAUUUGUCUUCACUGAUGGUAUAAGAAGAGCUUUUGAUUUGGGCUCGGAUUCAAUCAAUUCAGUACAUCCACAUUUAUA